ACUGAUUACCCAAUCAGCGUAAAUUAUGGGCGGGACGAACCCAUCUGUCAACCCGUUGAAUCUAACGGGUGAUUUAAUUAAGUAGGGACUUGAGACCUUGUGUCAGUUAACCUAUUUGUUGUGUCAACUGGUUAUAUUAAAAGUUGAGCAAAUGGACCCAAAGAAGCCUCCUGGUCUCAGCAGAAUGGCGGGCAUUCCAUGGCUGGGGCGCAGAGGAGGAUUACAGGCUCAGGAACCGGCUGUAGGACGAAGUAGAGGGCUGCUUCUCUCUACAGAAGGGCUUGGUGUAUUAGGACGAGCCAGAGGUUUCCCCACUUAUGGCAAUACACAACAAGGACAAGGAGUAUCUCUACCCAUUACUGAACCUGUGAUUGGCCGAGCUAGAGGGCUGCUAUACCCAGCAGCAGAAUCAAAGGUAGGGGUGGCAAGAGGCGCAAUCCUGAGGACUCUGGAGUCGCAGCACGGACAGACGCCUCCACGCGAAGCCACGACGCGAGACCCAACUUUGAAAACAAAAGAGGUUGGCGUGCCUACCCUUGGUCAAAGAUCAACACUGGUCUCAAUGUUUAGAGGAAUGGGCAUUGAGCCGUCAAUGACCUCCUGGGGGAGAGGAGCACCACCAGUGGGAAGAGGAGCAGCUGGAGAUAUGGGUUAUGAGAAGCUGCAAGGCCCCCCAGUAGGUGUCAUCAGCAGCCCAAAACGUGUCUGUCAACUUGAAGAGGUGAUGAGCAGUUUCCAUGGCCGAGGUUCGUCCCCUCAGACGACGUUGGGGCUUGGAAGAGCAGCGAUGCCUCACCUUGGAGGAGGAAGAGAAUGCGCUCUUCCUCCUUUUUCCCCAGGUCGGGUCAAGCCUGUUUCUCCAGCAUCUGAUAAACAAACAGCCCUACACCCUCAGACUUCUUACUCGGGAACCGUGCCCCCGAUGCCCACCAAUAAAGAAGUGGUGGCAACAGCAAAGGUGGAGUUUUCUGCUGUUGCACCAGCAAAGAAAGAGCUGAAAAUGGAAGCAGUUUGUGAGGCACCGAAUAAGGCUGGAAUAAAAGGAGCUCCUAUAACUAUUGGCUCAAACCACAUCCUGAUUCGUUGCAAGAAUGAAGCGGUGUAUCAGUACCAUGUGACAUUCACUCCAAAUGUGGAAUCAAUGGCAAUGCGCUUUGGCAUGAUGAAAGAUCACCGCUCGGCCACGGGAGAAGUAGUAGCUUUUGAUGGCUCCAUACUCUUCCUGCCUGUUAGGAUGAAGGACGUGGUUCUUCUCAUGAGUUUGAGACGAACCGAUAAUGAAGAAAUACAAAUACAAAUCCAGAUGACGAAGAUUUUGCCACCCAACUCGGAUCUAUGCAUCCCUUUCUACAAUGUGGUGCUCAAGAGGGUUAUGAAAAUCAUCGGGCUGAAGCUGGUGGGUCGAAAUCAUUACGAUCCAGAAAGCGCAGUGAUUCUUGGAAAACAUCGGCUGCAAGUGUGGCCAGGUUAUUCAACCAGCAUCAAGCGCACAGAUGGAGGCCUGUACCUGAACGUGGACGUGUCUCACAAAGUCCUGCGGAACGACUCGGUGCUGAAUAUCAUGCACAUUCUGUACCAACAGAGCAAAGAGAACUUCAGAGAGGAAUGCACCAAAGAGCUCAUCGGCAGCAUCGUCAUCACCCGAUACAACAACCGGACCUACCGCAUUGAUGACAUUAAGUGGGACAAGUCGCCCAAAGACACCUUCACUUUGAUGGAUGGCACAGAAACCACCUUUGUGGAAUACUACAGCAAGAACUACGGGAUUACAAUGAAAGAGAUGGACCAACCUCUGCUCAUGCAUCGGCCGAAGGAGAGGGCCAAGCCAGGAGGAAAGCAAAUCAUCACUGGAGAGAUCCUUCUGGUACCAGAACUUUCCUUCAUGACGGGAAUACCAGACAAAAUGAGGAAGGACUUCAGAGCUAUGAGGGACCUGACCAUGCACAUCAAUGUGAGCAGUGAGCAGCACACCCACUCAAUAAAUCAGCUUCUGAAGAACAUCAGCACUAACCCUGAGAGUCAGAAGGAGAUCAGCCGAUGGGGACUGGAUAUUGACUCAGAAAUCAUGGUGACUAAAGGAAGAACUCUUCCGCCUGAAACCAUCUGUCUGCAGUCUUCAUCUUUUACUUGCGGUGCUGAUGUAUCCUGGUCCAGAGAGCUUGUUAGGGAUGCUUCAAUCAGCUGUAUCCCAUUGAACAUCUGGGCCAUCUUCUACCCUCGGCGCUGUGCAGAGCAGGCUGAAGAGCUGGUUUCCACAUUUGACAAGGUGGCUGGGCCUGUUGGGAUGCGGCUGGACCGGCCUAUUCGCGUGGAGCUGAGGGAUGAUCGCACUGAGACUUACGUCAAAAGCAUCCACUCGCAGCUCACCAGUGAGUCUAAAAUGCAGCUUGUGGUGGUCAUCGUGGUCGGCAACAGAGACGAUCUCUACAGUGCCAUCAAGAAGCUCUGCUGUGUCAGAAAUCCCAUCCCAUCCCAGGUCAUCAAUGUCCGCACGAUUUCCCAGCAGCUGAAGUUGAAGAGUGUUGCCCAAAAGAUAAUCUUGCAGAUGAACUGCAAGUUAGGAGGAGAGCUGUGGACCGUCAAUGUCCCUCUGAAACACUUGAUGGUGGUGGGAGUUGAUGUCCAUCAUGACACCAGCAAGUUGCGUCAAUCAGUCAUGGGCUUUGUCGCAAGUGUGAACAGCUCACUGACCCGCUGGUACUCCAGAGUAACUUUCCAGACACCUACAGAGGAACUCAUCAAUGGCUUCCGAGUGUGCUUAAUGGCUGCACUGCAGAAGUACUACGAGGUGAACCACAACUUGCCAGAGAAGAUAGUGGUGUAUCGGGAUGGUGUGUCAGAUGGUCAGCUGAAGAUGGUAGAGCAGUACGAGAUCCCACAGUUGAUCAAAUGCUUUGAGGCUUUCCCCAGCUAUGAGCCCAAACUGGUCUUCAUUGUGGUCCAAAAGCGUAUCAGCACCACCCUCUACUCCUGUGCUGCGAACAGAGUUGGCACACCUCCACCUGGAACUCUUCUGGAUCACACUCUCACUCAUCCUCACUGGGUGGACUUCUUUCUGAUGGCACAUCACAUUCGCCAAGGCUGUGGACUUCCUACACAUUACAUCUGUCUGUACAACACGGCAAACCUCACACCAGACCAUCUGCAAAGGUUGACUUUCAAGAUGUGCCAUUUGUACUGGAACUGGCCGGGCACAAUUCGCGUUCCAGCACCGUGCAAGUAUGCUCACAAACUGGCUUAUCUUUCUGGACAGUACCUGCACUCAGAGCCGGCCCUCCAGCUAUCAGACAAGCUCUUCUUCCUUUGAGGAAAAACCGCUAAGAUUGAAAUUAUUAUUGGCGCAAAGUUUUGAGUUUUGAAUUCUUUUAGCAAUUAUUGCUCAGUGUUUUGUCGAUGUUCAGACUCGCUGUGACAGAUUUUUAUUUACUAUGUUGUACUUUAUGAGCAAGCUAGAUCCAAGAAUGUAUGUUAAUACAAUGUUAUACUGCUAUAUAUGUUAUACUAAGAUGUGCAUUGUAUAAAUAAAGCUUAACUAUGAAACAUG